CUCGACGUCGUUCGUCUUCCUGCCGGAACUAAUUUCCCGUCUCUCCACCCGCCGUCGCCAGAAUCAGAUUCGAAGCCAUGAAAGUCUUCUCCGGCGGCCGACAGUUCGCUCGUCUCUUGAAGUCUUCGGUUCUCCUCAACUCCGCAGCCGGCUGCCGGAACUUUUCCUCCGAGUCCCGGAUCCUCGCUGCUCCGCAGGCGGCUUGUCUACCAUGGCUACACCAACUGCACGACACCACCUUCUCUUCCAUUCGUUUCCCUGGCCAUUACACCGCGAAGGCUCAUUUCUCGACGGAAUCGAAUAACGCCGAAAUCGCUCCUACAGAGGCCGUGAAAGAGUUUCACGAGAAGAUUCUCGAGUCGGUCAAUACUAAGAGGACGAUGUCUCCCAACGCCUGGUUGUGGUCGCUGAUUGAGAAAUGUGAAAGCCACAAAGAUAUUGAGCUUUUGUUUGAUUGUUUGGAGAAUAUCCGGAGAUUUCGCCUUUCGAAUCUCCGAAUUCAUGAUAAUUUCAAUUGCAAUCUCUGCCGUGAGAUUGCCAAGGCUUGUGCUCGAGCAGGGGCCAUCGACUUUGGAAAGAAGACCCUUUGGAAGCAUAAUGUGUAUGGAUUAACUCCUAGUGUUGCAUCUGCCAAUCAUUUACUGAAAUAUGCUAAGGUUCACAAUGAUGUGAAACUAAUGGUUGAAAUAAUGGGGCUCUUGAAAAAGAACGACGUGCCACUACAACCCAGUACAGCAGAUAUUGUUUUCAGCAUCUGUAAUAACGUGGGUAAUUUGGAGUUGAUGGCAAAAUACUUCAAGAAGUUUGUCAAAGCUGGAGUUCAACUACGAACAGCUGCUUUUGAUGCAUCGAUGGAUCUUGCUGCCAAAAAAGGGGAUACAGAAGCACUGUGGGACGUUGAAAAGCUGCGAUCUAAGUCAAUGAAGCAGCUCAGCCUUGUCACUGGGUUCUCUUGUGCUAAGGGUCUGAUACUAGGACGUAAACCCCAGGAAGCUGCCUCGAUCAUUCAAGUCUUAAAUGAGACCUUACCUGAAACCAAGAAGUCGGGCAUCAUGGUUGAACUCCAGAAGUUAGCUAGCGAGUGGCCGUUGGAUGUAGUGAAGCACCAACCGGAGGACAAAAGAAAGGAACUAGCAGCUGCAUUGAAGUCCGACAUCCCAGCCAUGAUCAGCGCCCUACUAAACACAGGUUUAGAGGUGAGUGUAGAUCUAGAGAACCUAACCAGCAAGGAAGAAAUGCUACAGUGAAGCCGCAACAAAGUUUCAGGAGAUCUCAAUCGAGACCAGAAUUCGAAAAAGGAGACCUGAGUUGGCCUUGGAGCUCCUGAAUCUAAAUCGACGCGGGCUGAAGUACUGCUGCUAUUUUCCAGAAUCAGUCUGCGAACCAUUUUGUAUACUGAGACCUAUAUCCCCAUGUAUUCUUUUCAGUUAGGGCAGUAUCACCAAUCUUGUAGUUUGGCAGCCUGUUUUAGUUUCUUCCUGGAGGGUAGCAUUCACUCCAAUUCAAUGAUUUCUGAGAAAAAAGCUUGAGCCUCUGAAGUCUGAAUAAAGACGCCGGCCCAACUAGCUCAGUGGGCCUCCUCUUUCUUUGGAUUUUGGGUCAACAUUUGGGUUGGGCUUAAUUCGCUAAUUUAUUGCAAAAAUUAGGUGUAGUUUCUUAAUAUUUCGACCUCCUAAUUCCGAGGUUGAAUAUCAGAGUGCAUUUAUGUUUAGUUGCUGGCUGGCGGAGUGCGAUGGACGUGGAGAAGUUGUUUUCAUUCAAAAAGAAGAGGAAAAAACAAAAGGAGAAAAACAAAUACAGUAUAAGCAAUCAUGCAACCAUAUCAUUUACUCAAAUCUUUCGUUUGGACAUUGAAUGCCACCUACAGCCUAUCCUCCCCAAGGUCAAUGAUCUUUGCAUAUCCAUUAUUUCCCUUUUGUUUAGGGGGGUGCCAUCGAAAUACAAUGUUUUAAAAACU